AUGGCGCUACAUCCGAAAUCGAGCACAUUAUCUGACGCGUCUCAGACACUCCAUGAGUUCGAAAUGAACGACCUCCGAGAUGCCGUGAGCAGGGGUCCAUCCGGUUCAGGGCUGUUCACUCACGACUUUGGAGAGGUUCGCCCGAUGGAAGGACGUCGGAGAAGAGCAAGCUAUAUUGCUGAUGCCAUCGAGUCUCCCGACCACGAACGCGAUCAAUUCGAGGAUGCAGAGUCUCUCGUCGAUGUUUCUCAACCGCCGAGAAAGGAAGAAGUGGAGGAAGGGGCAUGGCCUCCACCAGAGCACCAAGAAUUACAGGACUAUUACAAGUCAUACCGAACACGUACUAGGGCCAACACAGGACGUAGAUUCAGCCAACUUGUGGACGCUCUCGAGUCGCCCACACAAGAGCGCGGGCGUUUUGAAGAUGCCGAAUCACUAUUCAACAUUCCUCAACCUCCGGAUGAGGCGGAAGUUGCGGAGGGUGCUGCAACGUCUCCAGAUCAGUCAGAAAAACCGAAAGUGUAUCCGCCGCUUGCGUAUCCAGUCAUUACCUCCCUCAUACCUGGUUCGAUUUUUGGUGUCUUGGCCCGUUUAGGGAUCCUCGCUAUCACAGGCUAUGACCAACACUCUAUAUUUCCCCUGGCCUGGGUGCAAGGUACAGGGUGUUUGAUUAUGGGCUUCGCGUUGGGCCUGAGGGAUCAAAUUGGUGCCUACUACGGACCAUUGUAUACCGCAAUUGCCACCGGCUUUUGCGGCUCGCUGACAACGUUUUCGAGUUGGCAGCUGGACGUUUUCCUUUCGUGGGCGAACUCGGGCCAUGCGCGUCGUGAUUGGUUCCGUGACGUCAUUGAUGGCUUUACAAAGACCGUUUUCACGUUGGCCAUCUCGCUCUCCGCACUCACCCUCGGUAUUCAUCUCUCGCGCCCGAUACAGAAACGCUUUCCCCGUGUAAAACAAGCGUCCGUUGCUAUGCGUUAUGUUUUCAGGAUAGUGUCUGUACUCAUGUACAUCGCCACAAUACCCGUCUACUUCAAAGCGCCAGCUGCGUGGAGACACCAAGUAACUGCUGCACUACUGUUCUCCUUUCCGGGCACUCUCACACGGUACCUACUAGCAACCUCACUUACACCAUUACUCCAUCUUUUCCCACUCGGUACCUUUGUCGCGAAUGUAUCGGGCACUGCACUCAUCGGUGUAUUCCAUGUGUUGAUGCGUACACCGCACUUACCAUCACCCAAUGCAUGUGCGAUCUUACAAGGCCUGAUGGAUGGGUAUUGUGGAUGUCUUACCACGAUAAGUACUUUCGCAGUAGAGGUCGGAGCACUUAGAACGAAGAGAGCAUGGCUUUAUGUCUUGCUCAGUUGGGGUGCCAGCCAGAUACUCUUGUUGGUGAUUCUGGGUUCUGCUUGGUGGGGAGGAAACAUAGACGACAACAGGGUUUGCACGUUCGCUUAA